AUGGAACUAGUGCGUAGUGGACAUUCUGUGAGUCCUCAUGUGGUGGUCCUCGGGUGUGAGUUGUACCAGGAAGGCGCAGCUGGGUCGGCAUUGUGCGGGCAGCGUUGUUCCGCGAACGCGCGCGCAUCGUCGCAGGCGCAGGCUUUCUAUAGCAAGCGCGCGGUGAAAAGGCGACGUACCUACAGCCGCUUUGUUUGCCUUGCACUUCGAAGAAUGAAAUCUGUGGAGUUUAGAUCUGGCUGGCUCAUUGUGUGGAUUAUUGAGAAAUGGAUUUCUAAAUAG